AUGUCGGUCCUCUUCACAGCCGUCUCUCCAGACAAUCCAGUGCAGAGACAGGAUGUGGAGAAGGCCUUGGUAUCCCUAGGAGUCUCUCUCGAUCCAGAAGAAGAGAGCGAUUUCCACACUUUGCUGGCAGCAGUUCAUGACUGCGCAGAGGAGAUCCAACAGCUACCAGACUAUCAACCUACUCCAGAUAGAGUCCGUUAUCCGAGGGAAGAUAUACAUCGUCCAACCAAGGAAGGACAAUUCUCAGGACAAGCCUGGGCAUAUCGAUUUCUCAUAAGAGGUACAACUGGAGCUGGGCUUUUAAGCGGCAAAACUGUCUGCCUCAAAGACGUCAUCGCAGUAGCCGAUGUGCCUCAGCUAUAUGGGACUGAUAUUUUCCCCGCUUGGACUCCCACAACGGAUGCGACCGUCGUAACGAGAGUACUUGAUGCUGGCGCGAAUGUGGUUGGAACAACUACUUGCGAAAACAUGUGCCAUUCCACAUCUUCAUUUACCAGUGCUCAGGGGACCGUUCAUAACCCUUUCGCUGUUGGAUAUUCCGUUGGAGGGAGCACAUCCGGGGGAGCUGCAGUUGUCGGCGGCGGCCUUGCAGAUAUUGCGAUUGGCACUGAUCAAGGCGGUAGUAUCCGAAUUCCUUCUGCCUUUUGUGGAUGUGUUGGCUUAAAGCCUCUUUAUGGAUUAGUACCGUACACAGGCAUUAGCAGUGGCGACGCAAUAGAUGAUCAUGCUGGUCCAAUUGCUAAGAGUGUGCUCGAUGUAGCGCUCUGUCUCGACGCAAUAAGCGGCUACGAUGGAAUAGACGAUCGAUGUCUGGGUGCGCCGACACACGGCUUAGGAACUUUUGCUGCGACCAUGCAAGCUCAGCACGGAUUAGGUGGCUUCAGGAUUGGUAUCCUUACUGAAGGGUUCAGCCACCCUAUGGUAGAGAAAGGAGUUAGAGAAGUUGUACUUGCGGCGGUCCACAAGUUUAAGAGUCUUGGUGCGACAGUUGAUGAGGUAUCAAUACCAGAUCACUUGCACGGCCCAGGACUUUGGACAAUUCAGCAGCGCAUUGCCGGAUCACAAAAUCUUCUUGGACGUCAACACGGUAGGAGAGGCUUGUAUCUGACAGAGUUGGAGCAACAUCGGCUUCCUUGGACUGCUGAGAGCUUCAGAAGAGGAUUUGCAGCCACGAAAAAUGUCGUCAUCAACGGACAGUACCUUGUCGACCGUUUUCCAGGUCUUUAUGGUAAGGCGAUCAACUUGGGACGGCGACUCCGGGAUUCCUAUCAAGAGGCAUUUGAGCGAUAUGAUGUGCUUGUCAUGCCCACGGCGCCAAUGGUUGCGCCUAAGCACGGAAAGAAGUGCUCGCCGAUAGAAGCUCUCAAGUCAAGUAUGGGUAUCACCAUAAAUACUGCCGGGUUCAAUGUUACUGGUCACCCAGCCAUGAGUAUUCCUGUUGGUUUGGCUCCUUCAAAAGAAGAGCCCCAUUUACACCUCCCCGUUGGUAUGCAGAUUGUCGGUGGAUUGUGGAAGGAAGACAAGGUGCUUCGCGCUGGAUAUUCGUGGGAGAGGGCAUUUGAUUGGUCGCAAGAGUUUUUGGAAUAG